CUCCCUCUUACCCCCAACCCAGACUACUGCUUGAAUCAGAUGGCACCCGCUAGAAACAGCAAGCCCUACGCCCGACCUCGCCGCUCCGAUGGUGUAUGGAGUCACGACAGAGCGGCGCUCUCGAGUGGGCCUGCCGCCCGCACAGCUGGUUCCGAGCCCUCGAUGAAACUCAUAGUGUCCAACCUGCACUACGAAAUCACUCCUAAGAACUUGAUGUCCAUCUUCGGGCAGAUUGGCACGCUCGUCUGCGAGCCUCAAAUCAGGUAUGACCGCAGCGGACGCUCCUCGGGCGUGGCUAUCGUCACGUACGAAACAAUCGGAGAGGCAACGCGGGCCAAGAACCAGUUCCAGGGUCUUCUCGCAAAGGGUCAGCCGAUGGAGAUAGCUUCUCAUGUUGAUGCACCUCGUCGGACGCGCUCUGCAAGCAUGCCUGGCGUCUCGACGGCGUCGCUGCUCAAUCGUAUUGAGAAGCCGUCUCUCGUCGACAGACUUAAUCCUACGGACAAUAAAAAGCAACAGCAAGGUGCUGGUCCGGUGAGGAAUGCCCGUGGCGGCGGCCGUGGACCACGUGGUGGAGGCAAGACCAGAGCUGCCAGGCCGUCCAAGAGCAAGCCGAAGACGGCAGAGGACCUUGACAAGGAGUUGGACGUAUUCAUGGGCGAUGACAAAGCCAGCUCUGUGGGUGCGACGGCGGGCACCAGUGUCGGUGAUCCGGCCGAGAAGCCUGUUGGUAGCACAGAAGACGUAGCGAUGGCUUAGGCUCGUUGAAUGCUGGUACCGCAUUUUUUUCGACUUCUUACUUUCUUGGGCGUAUGAGCUUUGUGUUACUAUCUUAUGGUCCGUUGCACCACUUUUCAUAGAUGAUAAUGUGUAUUCUCCCCAGCAAAAUAUUGGUAUACGACCCCUAC